AUGCCCCGCGGGUCUGCAGCGGCAGGUCCCCGCGACUUCCCCCGGCAGCACUGCGGCAGGCGCGCGGCGCGUGGCGCAGCCGAUGCAUGCGCCGCCGUUGCGCGCCUCGGCGGCGGCGAAACCAUCCUCGAAACGGGAAGCGGCGACCAAGCGCUUCAAGCAGUAACGACCGAACCGCUUGUACCGGAAAAACCCGCAGUGUCUGGCAGACCCGCAUCGCACGAUGACGUCAGCUGCUUCUUGCCCCUCAGCCGUGAUAACUCCAGCCGCCGCAGAAGCUUCGAAGAAACAACAUUGGAUUACCUGUGGCACGCAGAGGGCGGCGCGCGCGUAGCGCCACUGCCGCCGGCAGCGGUUGAGAGAGACAGAAGCUUCGCGUCCAACGAAUCGGACGGUCCGGGCGAGUCCAGCUGGGAAAAGGAGUUUCUGGAUUGGACGGAGGAGUGCGCCGGCGGCGCCGCUCUCGCGCCACAGUUGGAGACGUCAGAGGCGGCUCGACGGACUUCCUGCGCCGCGCCGCCGACGCCGCCGGCGUUGGCGCAAACGGCGAAGCUGACGGAGGAUGUUCGACCGAAGUACGGCAACUUCUCUCUUCGGUACUUGGGGGGAAGCAAAGUCGCGCACCAGUCGGAACCGCACGAAGACGGGGCGAAGGCGAUCGAUAUAAUCUCGCCGCGCGAUGAUGGACACUCCCGCGGAAGCGGCAAGCGCGGCGGACGUUACAACCUUUUUUCGCGCAGCAGCAGCAGGGAUGAUGGGCACUCUUGCGGAAGCGAGGGAGAUGACGCGCACUCCCGCGCAAGCCGCGGGGACGACGGACACUCCCGCGCAAGCGGCGGGGAUGAUGGGCACUCCCGCGGAAGCGGCGGGCACUACAACUUCUUCUCGCGCAGCAGCACGCGGAAAGAACGAGGCGUUGCCGCCGCAACAAACGCCGCCUCUGCCGUUGCGACAGGAGCGGCUGCAGCCGCAGUGGUACCUGCGGAACCGCCACUAGUAAUGAGGCAGAUAACGACUGGAUCAACAGCCACGCCAUAUUGCGGCUCGGACUCGUCGCUCGGGGAUCGAACCGCCGACAGCGGCUACCACGUCCCGCUUUCCGCCUCCCCCCACGCCCUCGCGUUUCCCCCGCGGCUUCCGCACCCGCCGUCUCCCUCCGCCUCCCCGUUCCCUUCUGUAACAGGAGUAGCAGCAGCGGCGGCGGCGGCAACACCGACGACAGCGGCAGCAGCAGAAGCGGACAUAAAUGCGAUGAAGAAGCGUUUGGGUGCGAUGAUGCAGUUUUCCACGUGGGAGCAGCAGCAGAAGGAGCGGAAGCAGCAGCAAGACGCGGCGGCGAGUGCGGCGCAGCGCGCGCUGAGGCAAGCGCAGGAGGAGCUGCUGUUUCCCAAGUUCCACGCGCCCGGACACGCGGAGCCGCCACACCCGCCGCACCAGCCGCCGCACCACGCGCCGCGACAGGCGCCGCACCAGCAGCUCAGUCCGCCGAAAUCCGCCGCGCUGGAUGCAAAACUGCUGGAGACGAAAUUGCCACCUGGAGUGCCGACAUUCGGUAGCAGAGCGGAGCACUCGGGCAUUACAGGCAACGGCGAUCAUGGCGGCGUGACCUGGGGCAGGGAGGUACGCAGGGGCUACGGGGAGUGCGGAGGCGUGGAGAGCGGUACUGGUGGGUUAAACAGUGGUGUGGUUCGGCCUGCAAGCCGAGGGAGUGGCGACGGGGGCGUGGGGUGGGGGAGGGAUGAGGGGAGAAGCAACACCUUGCCGGGGGGACAUGGCAUGUGGGGCAGGGAGCACGGGACGAGUGGCGGUGAGAGUGGUGGAGUGCGGUUGAGAGACGUGGGGAAGGUUGACAGGGAGUGCGGUGGGAUGUUGAGGAGUAACUGGGAGUGCGGCAGCGUGGGGUGGGGUCACGAGGAGUCAUACGGUGUGUGCAGCAACGGGAGCAGCGUUGAUAACAGCGCUGCGAGCAGCAGCUAUGGUCAAGCUUCUUCCCAUCAUCAUGCACGCGAUUCGGCGUACCACACACGCAACGCCCACCGCCACUCUCCUCCUGUCAGCCACGUGUCCCAUGGCUAUGCUGAUUCAGCAGCCGGAGCAGCAGCAGCGGCGGCAUCCUUCGUGCCAUCGCCACCUGGCAGCGCUGCAACUGCGUCAUCCGGUGGAAUUUCAUCAGGCCACGUGGCACCAUCCAACGUGGCACCGUCCAACGUGGCAUCUAGUGGCGGGUGCAGGGUGUUCUCUCCGGAACAGCUCAUCGCAGCAACCAACGGCUUCCACUCCUCCAACCUGCUUGGCGCUGGCGCCUUCGGCCAGGUGUUCAAGGGCAACCUCUUGGGCUGUGACGUGGCAAUAAAGAAACUCCAAGGAAACGGGUGGCAGGGCGAGGAGGAGUACAGCACAGAGGUGCACGUGCUGUCGCGGAUGCGCCACCCGCACAUAGUGCUGCUCAUGGGCCACUGCCCCGCCAUCAACUGCCUCGUCUACGAGUUCCUGCCUGGAGGCGACCUCUCACACCACCUCUGCGCUUCUGCUCGUGUUUCUACCGCUUCUGCUGCUGCUGGUGCUGCUGGUGCCAGUGCUGCGACUGCUACCAGCACCAUGUCGUCACUCUGCCGCCCGCUCUCCUGGCCGGAUCGGAUCCGGAUCUUAUCCGAGAUCUCCGGCGCACUGCUCUACCUGCACCAGCACUCCCCUCCGAUCGCCCACCGCGACUUAAAGCCCCAGAACAUCCUCCUCGAUACAAGCCUCCGCGCUAAGCUGGCAGAUGUCGGCCUGGCUCGCCUGAUCGACUGUGGGAACGGAGGAGACGAGAACGGAGGGUACGGAGGAGGGAAUGUGACGGCGAGAGUGAGGGGAACGGUGGGGUAUAUAGACCCGGAGGAGUUGGUUACGUGUGAGGUGUCAGUUCUAGGGGAUGUGUAUGCGUUGGGGGUGGUGAUGCUGCAGAUGCUGAUGGGGGACCCGGCGGUGAAGCAGACUGUGAAGGUGAUGCGGAUGGCGCAUGAUGUGUUGGAGAAGGGGCAGUGGAGCAGCAAUGCAACCAGCAGCAAUCACACUGGCAGCAGCAACACCAGCACAGCAACCAGCAGCAGCAUCAGCAGCAACAGCAGCGGCACCAGCACCAGUAGCAGAUGGACACGUCAUUUGACUGCUAGCCUGCAGAGGGCUGUGGACGUGAUUAUAGAGAGGUUGGAUGACUCGGGGGGGAAGUGGGACCGUGGUGCUGCUGCUGAGGUGGCAGUGAUCGCAAUCUCCUGCACCAAUAGGAGGCGAGCAAGCCGGCCGGAGCUUGAAAGGGAGGUGCACGAGGUGCUGAUGCAGCUGGCAGAGGAGAGUGCUGGGUGUGUGGAGAGGCGGCAGGAUGCGGCCGACAAUCACCUGCUCUGCCCUCUGUCUAAGGUGCGCAUGAGGGAACCGGUGGUGGCAGCAGAUGGGUACACAUAUGAGAAGAAGGAGAUUGAGAAAUGGAUGGAGACCAGCAGCAGGUCUCCCAUCACAGGAGAGCUCUUUGCGCAUCCCAUGCUCACCCCCAACAAUGCGAUGAAUGUGAUCAUCCAAUAA